AUGCGUUACGCCGGUUCCAUCGCCCUGGUCCUUGCCAGCAUUUCAUCCAUCAGCAGUGCGGUUCCCCUCAAGUCGCGCCAGCAAAACGCCUGCUUCGUCGUUGGCAACACGGCGCUGCCCGCCGAGGUGGAGGACUCGGUCGCAGCCAUACAAUCGUCCAUAACGUGCGGGAGUGAUACGACCAUCGAAAACGUGCCGGACGUGACAUCGGGGUCUGUGUCCUUCAGCGACAUCGACUUCUCUCGGUCCAACAAGACCCCGCUGCAGUUUGCCCUCGACACCUUCGCCACCGCCGACGACCCGGCCGACACCGACCUCGCCACCCUCCAGGAUCAGCUCAACGUCUACCUCGCCACCGAGGCCGGUCUGCGCAGCAUCGACGGAAGCCUCGCCAUCAAGGUGCCCAAGUUCUUCCUGGAGAUGCAGGUCAGCAGGGUCCAGGUUGCUCAGGGAAACCCGCCAACUGCUGCGGGUCUGCAGGUUGAUCAUCUCAGGGACAAGGUCCUCAAGAACGCAGCUAGCGAAGACCAGGACUUGCUUGACCAGGUCACACAGCUGGCGGCUCAGACCUAG